AUGAGCGAUCCGGAAGAUCUCGAGGAUGGAGAGAUUGAAGAUGACGAGGAUGAUGUGCUGCCAGCCGAUCCGCCCCUGAUACAACCCAAGCCGGAAGAUUAUCAAGAGUAUGAUCCACCGCUACCGCCUGGCGAUCAUCAUCCCGGCAGCGAUGGCGAAAGCAAGCCAUCAUCAGCUCCACCCGGCCGUGAAAACUCGAACAACUCAAAAUCCCAACGAUCUUCCAAAAAACCAGCCCCCGUUGUGGAUGAUUGGGCCACGAAGGUUGAGAAUGCGAUUGCAAACGCACUGAAACGGGAUGGCGUACAGCCCCCGAUGCCAUCGUCCGUGCCACACACGAACGAUCCGGAUGGUGACACACCACCGGCCACUUCGAGUCGGAAAUCGAAAAAGCGUAAGAAAGCGAACCGUAAUACCGAGGGAGGAGGAGGAGGACACAACAACAAACAGCCACGGCUCGGCGAUCAGGAGCAGAACGAUGGGAUGGAGAUGGAUUUGGAGUACGAGAUGUUGAAUGUACGGGGCAGUAGCCCACAGCACGCGAUCGGACGCGAUUCCGGACGGUCAGAUUCGGAAGCGGACGAUACACACUACUCGUCGGAUGAUUCGUCGAUGCGCGACCGGGAUGGACACUAUCGGGGUAAUGGACGGCGAGAUCGGGAACAGCGCGAGCGGGAUCGCGAACGUGAUCGUGAUCGCGAGCGGGACUAUAAUCGCAAGAAGCGGAAACAGUCGCGCCAGCGCAGCAAUAACAACAAACCGAACCGGGACGGUGGUCGGAAGCGGAAGCGGGACGAUUCGGAUGAUGAGAAGCAUCGUCCGACGGGACCACGGAAGAUGGAGCUGUGUAAAUUCUACCUAAUGGACUGCUGCGCCAAGCGGGAAAAGUGUCUGUACAUGCACAAAGACUUCCCCUGCAAGUACUACUACCUUGGCAUGAAGUGUAAGGAAAAGGACAAGUGUCUGUUUAGCCACGGUGAACCGUUGUCUGACGAUCUACGAGCCAUACUGUUGAAGCAUCUAGAAACGGCUCCGCAAGAGAUUCUUGGCAGUUUCCAGCGCAUCAGUCGCGAUAAUGCGAUCAACAUGCUGAACGCAACGCACCGCAAACUACAGGAACGAUACGGUAUAAAGCACGAUUCUUCAUCCGGUGCGAAAAUCCCAUCACUGUUGGAUGUGGUCACGGGACAUCAUCCACCAGGAAACAGCGGCAUACUCAGUCCAAAGCAUUCUCGCCGAUCGCGAUGGUGUGAGCAGCGACAGGGAGAGGGAAGCGAUGGAGAACCAUCCGAUGGUGGGGAUAUAACCAUGCAACUGGCCGGCGUUAUUACACCCGCCCAGAUAAGUGAUCUGGAACAGAUGGGCAUUAGAACGUUGGAUGAAAUCAGUCAGCUUACGGUGGCGCAACUGAACGAACUUGGACUUAGCAUUACGCAAAUUCACGACCUGCAAGUGCGGGCCUUGAAUGCGCUACGGACGACCGAUGAACGAAAGCGUACCACCACCAAGGAUCUCGAUUUGCGCUCGCUUCCGGGAGGAACCGGUGCAGUGGAAUCGAUCAGCAAUGCCAACGAUCAGGAUGGUAGCAGCAAAAAGGACGUUGAUAUGCGAGUGCUUCCAAUGGGAGGUGGCGAUGGUGGUGAACCAUCGGAUAAGAUCGGGACCAGCAUCAACACAAACCACGAUGAGGUAUUACCUCCGCCUAGCGGUGUCCUUCUGAAGCCACCCACUGUGGAUUACUCACAGUACAUUAAGGAUUCGAAUUUAGACGAGGAGGAUCUAGAUGCGGUUGCUGCAAACACAAGCUGUCUGCUGAACGCGCCGGAAGAGGACGAUGAUGUUGAUGAUGAUGAUGAGGAGAAUAAUCUUAAGAUUACGUUCGACGAGGAAGAAGAGGAGGUAAAGAAAGAAUCGGACGAAAACGAUCCAUCCGAGGCGGUGAAACCGAACGCGGCGGAGGAAAAUCAGGAAGCGAACCAACUGCUUCCUCCACUCAUACCGCCCAAGAUCGAUUAUGCGCAGGGUCUUGGGGAUAUACUUAAAUUUGGCAGUUCGAUCGAUAAGUCACUUCAUCAGCCAACGAGCAAUGAAUCGCCGCGUUCGCAUCGAUCACCAUCGCCGAAAGAAGAGGAACCGUCGGACGUUUGGACACCUUCCAUGGCAGACACGCAGCCAAAUAGCAACAGUAGUGGUGGUGGUGGUGGCCAGCACCAACAGCUGUAUGGUGGUCCUCCACCGAUACCGAAGCAACCAGUAUCCAAAUCAAGCGCAACCAAACGAUCUUCAGGUACGAGUGGAUCAAUUUAUGACUGGUACGAUUCGGACAAUGGGUCAGAAGAUGGUGGACGAGGAGGAGGCUCUCCGACGACGACGAUGACAACCGCACCAUUCCGAUAUGGGUCGGAUAAACCACUUCCGCUAAAUAUUGCGGAAGAUGAUCCAUACUCGAUCGGAAGUUCGGUUGGACGUGAGCCGGCGAGUGAGCUAAGCUUUCCAUUUAAAUCGAUGAUGGCGAAUUAUGUGCCGGCUACGGAAAUCGAUGGAUCGAUUGGAUCGCAUGCGCCAAUUCUUUACAAGGUAUACGUGGUUGACGUACCGAAACCCAACUACGGCGCACUCCGACGCUCGAUGACCCGCCCGAUCGGUACCAAAGAUCCACGGCUACGGAGAUUGUUCGGGUUGCAAAGCGAUGACGACGAGGAUCGGGACGAUACCAGCGAUGGUAUUAAAUCUCCCGAUCCGAAUCCAAACACAUCACCCCUGCACGUUAUCGGUUCUCCAACGCCGAAUCCUCUACACCCACCGAUCGUUAAUAAACCGCCAUCAGCCGUCCUCAGUAGCGGUCCCCGGGUAGAUCCACGCAAACGACACGCAGAAAAGCUUCAGCAAGAAGCAGCAGCAGCGGCAGCGGCAACAUCCCACCAACAACAACAGGGUGGUCCGUUUAAGAACAAUUCCACCAUGCCGCAGAUCGAUGUACAAGCGAUCUUGCAAAAGUCCGCGUGGUACAAGGAUCUUGGCUCACAGCACAAGAUCAUGGUCAAUCAGCAGCUUGCCAUCCUUUCGACUGAGAUGAAAAAGUUCCACAAUUCCGACCGAUCGCCGGAACAGUUAAGCGAUUUCAUGAAGUUUCUCAGCUCGAGUAACAUGCUGCAGCAGAUCCUAACGUAUCUGAACGUGUACGUGGACGAUUCCGUAACGUUCUGUGAGGUUCAAGCUGUGCCGAAUCUGCCACCACCUGCCCUUCCACUGUCGACGAACAUUCCACCACCGACGAUAGGUGGACCGCUCGCAACGAUGCAGAUACCGAUCCCGUUGAAUGUACCGCCACCGAUCGGUGUACUGCCCGGUUCGAUGAACGUGCCACCUCCACAUCAACCUCCAAUGUUUCUCGGCGGUCCCAAGGGUCCUUUUGGACAGCAGGAUCUACCACCAGGGCCACCACCGACCGGUAUGAUGAGGCAGGGUUUGCUGGGCGUUUCACCAAAUAUGCCGUUCGAACAGUUCCUUGCGAUGGGUAACGUGAACAAGAACGAUACCGGAGGAGGUGGACCCGGAAACAAUGGUGGUCCCCUGCCACCGUGGAUCCAGGGCAAUGGGAAUAAUAUGCGAAACAUGCGCAACAAUAACCGGAUCGGUCACAACUUCCGCAACAAUAAUGAUCGAUGGGGCAACAAUAACAACAAUGGCGGCGGUGGUGGCGGCCAGCAGAUGAUGAUCGGAAACAAUGGAAAUAAUCCGGGUGGACCAGGUAAUAAUAACAACAACAAUCGGCGAAACAAUGGCAACAACAAUCGACGGAUGGACCGGAAAAAGUAG